AUGCCGAGUCUCUGCAGGGCCAGGCGACUGGCAGUUAAGAAGAGAGGCAGCGAGAGCUCGCCCCUCUCAACACCUCACCCGCGCGCACAGAGCAGCCAGAAAACCCGCACACACCGCGGCCCGCGCGAGGCUUCCCUCACCUCGGACCCCGCCCUCCCGGGGCCGCGGGCGAAGGAGCCCCCCCCCGCCCCGCGCCGCCCUCAGCCGGCCGCGGGACCCCGCGCGCCCCAGACCCCGCCCUCCCGAGGCCGCAGCCGAGAGACGCCCUGCGGCCCGCCCCCGCCCUCCCGAGGCCGCGACCGAGGGACCCCGCACGCCCCGGACCCCGCUCUCCUGAUCCUGAGGCCGCGGCCGAGGGACCCCGCCCUCCGCAGGCCGCAGCCGAGGGACCCGGCGGCCCGCCCCCAGCGCCCCGGACCCCGCCCUCCCGAGGCCGCAGCCGAGGGACCCGGCGGCCCGGCCCCCCGCACCCCAGAUCCCGCGACCCGGACCCCGCCCUCCGGAGACCGCAACCGAAAGACCCCGCACCUCAGGUCUCGCGCCCGGAACCCCGCCCUCCAGAGGCUGCAGCCGACCAGCCCCCGCGGGGACGCUGAGCGCGCGGCUCUGCCGGAGUCCGACCGACGAUGCGGGGGCGGCGGCCGGAGCGCACCUCCCGGCAGCUCGGCUCUGACUCCCCUCGCCCUCGCGAGCCUCGGGGCCGGGCUCUCGAGCCGCACGGGAGCGUCGGCGACCGAGAGCACAGAGCCCAGGCGCCUGGCCGAGGGACCCGCGGCCUUCCCCUCCCCCCACCCAGCCUGCGCGCCCCGACCGCCCCGAACCCGCCCCGCACCCAGACUGGGGCCGCCCUCACCGCGGACACGGCGCGCCGGCCUCCAGAGGGCCCGAGCGGCGGCGUCCACCGGAGAUGCGGCCGGCCGGCACCGCUCCGGCGUCCCGAGCCCCCGCCCAGGCGGGGCACGCGCUGACGCGCGCUGA